AUGCCCUCCAAGGUCCGACCAUCAAGCGGAAACAGCAAAACAAGACAGGAACCCACCUCCCGUCUCUCUUUCGUGCCCUUCCUCCUCAUCUCCUCCGUUCUCGUCGUGACCCUGGCUAUCCUAUCUCUACGAGCUCUUCCCCGGCUCUCCCUCCUCUCGAACCACUUCUUCCCUCUCACCACGACCACGACCCUCUUCUCUUCCCCCUCCUCGUCUUCCUCGACAAAGAGAAACUCACAGCGCACCAUGUCCGCCUACGCAAAGGAGCUCGAGGUGGCCCAGCUGGCCGUCCAGCGCGCCUCCAUCCUCACCAAGCGCGUCUUCCACGAAAAGGCAAAGGGCACCGUCGACAAGAACGACAAGUCCCCCGUCACCAUUGGCGACUUUGGCGCCCAGGCCCUCAUCAUCGCCGCCCUCCGCCACCACUUCCCCGACGACGAGAUCGUCGCCGAGGAGGAGGCCGCCCAGCUGCGCUCCGAACCCCAGCUCCGCGACCAGAUCUGGGACCUCGUAAAGACUACCCAGCUCGACGACGCCGCCGCCGAAGCCUCCCUCGGCGGCAGCAUCGCCUCCGCCGAGAGCAUGAUGGACAUCAUCGACCAAGGGAACAGCAAGGGCGGCGCCGCCGGCCGCAUCUGGGCCAUUGACCCCAUUGACGGCACAAAGGGCUUCCUCCGCGGCGGCCAGUACGCCGUCUGCCUGGCCCUCAUGGUCGACGGCGACGUCAAGGGCGCCACCUCGCGGCCCCUCCGCACCGGCGCCAUCGCCUCCGGCAGCCCCAUCUCCAUGAAGCCCGUCACCGACCUCUCCGCCGCCACCUUUUGCGAGAGCGUCGAGGCCGGCCACAGCGCGCACGACGACCAGGCCCAGAUCGCCGCCAAGCUCGGCAUCACCAAGCCCAGCGUCCGCAUGGACAGCCAGAGCAAGUACGGCUCCAUCGCCCGCGGCGCAGGCGACAUUUACCUCCGUCUGCCCGUCAAGGCGACGUACCAGGAAAAGAUUUGGGACCACGCGGCCGGUGACCUCAUUGUGCGCGAGGCCGGCGGUCAGGUUACGGAUAUACAGGGCAAGAGGUUGGACUUUGCCGUCGGACGGACGCUGGCCAACAACAAGGGUGUCAUUGCUGCGCCGGCAGCGGUGCACGGCGAGGUGUUGAAGGUUGUCCAAGAGGUGUUGAGCUCAAAAUCUAGCUAA